UGAUGCCAGGAGAAUCUGUACUAAACACAUACUAUAUGAAACCAUAACAUGCAAAAAACAUCAACCACAAAGUGUGCAAGGAGAGAAUGGAAACUUCCUGUUUGACUUGUGAGGAUGUUUCUGUUCGUCUGUUACACUGAAGGCAGUGCAUCCAUUCAACGGGGAAAGGGGUUAUAAUCCAUAAAUUAUUGUCACAAUUAGUGCCUUAUCCUUAUUUUCUUGUAGUUUUGGAGAUUGUUUUUCUUAACUAACAGCGUGUUUAACAGCUCGUUGCACAUUUAUGUCACUUUGAUGAAGGCAGAGUUUUAGUUUCUUUUUGAGACACAUAGGCAAAUAGUACAGCUCAAUAUAAAGGUGCAGUAUACUUUCAAAAGUGUGCCAAAACGCAAGACAGUGGAUCUGCCAUUUUCAGCAGCACCUCCAUUGUGUGAAGACUGAGAAUGCAACAGAUGGAGAUUUUCAGGAGAUCUGUGACCAUCUUCAGUCUCUGUCUCUUCCAUAGUACACUAACUGAAACACAGAGCAUGUGCAAAGGCAAUCUCCCACUGGUUAAGCAUGUGGCAGUAAACGGCAAUGCUACUGUGUCUUGCCCCAUACUCAGUGCACCGGAAAUGGACUUCAAAUUAUUCAAGGGCUCAGUUAUGGUCACCUCCAGGCAUAUCAACACACAAAGCCCACCUGUCAACCCAGAGGGAAAUGUCCCUGCCCAUUUCAGUGUUAAUUUGACAGAUAACAGUACCAGCUUCAUCCUACUCAGUGUGACAAUGAAUACCACAGCCCUGUACACCUGUGAGGCAGUGAUAAUCUAUCCUCCUCCGUUCGUGAAAGUUGACGAGAUGCCACAGACUAUUGUGUUUGUUAAAGAGAGUCCACGUAAGCAGCAUCCUCUCUGUCAACAUGCCAAUCACCUGGUUCUAUGGGUAGUGCUUGGAGGCAUGACCACGUAUGGGUUGGUAAUGACUUGCAUUGUCCUCAUGCUCCGGAUCAAGUUGAGUCAAAUGGACACUCCCUGUUAUGGCAUCAAAAACAUGAAGUUCAAAGAAUGCAGACGGAGAUGGCAGGGGGUUCAACACCCAACCCGACAGGGUUUUUACAUAGACACUGUAGCAUGAAACUGCCUGGUAACAUAUAACGAACCCUGAUCAAAACAACAACAAAACUAACAACAAAUCAGAAAACCAUGUUCAAAAUAGGAGACUGCUUUGGUGGCAUCCAGAGAUAAGAAAAAUACAUCAGUAUUUUUUCCAAAGUUUUAUCAUUACAUUUUACUAACUUUAUAAUUUCAUGUAACCAAUCAAUUGUUUUUUUUUUGUUUUUUUGUUGUUGUUUUUUUUUACCUAGCUGGUGUUUGUUUUUAAUCUAAAUUUGAAAAUAAAAAUAAUAAACACAA